ACUAAUCGAUUGUCUCGCAGCUGAGACAGCUGUUAGCGAAUACGGCUGCUCGUACAUAUGUAUUCUACAAACUAAAUACACGGCUACUCACAUAAUUAGCAUUAAAAAUAAACAUUGAUUAUUUCCAAAAAUAUAAUCUGGUCUGCAAAAACCAAAUUUAACGGACAAAAAUAAUAACCUCCUGGUUGUGAUACAUAUAGUGGCUUUAAUAUGGGAUCCGAUGACCUCAGUGCAGGCGACAAAAUCCAAAAGGGAUUUCAGAUCAACUACAUGAUACUGCGCGAUGCGGACACCGGCAAAGUUAUAUGGCAGGAGAAUAAAGACUUUUCGGCACCGGACGUGGAACACGAGGCGCGGGUGCCAGUUAAAAUUCUGGACAUGCGCGCCGUAUCGCGUGAGAUCAACUUCAGCACGAUUGAGUCAAUGGAAAACUUUCGACUCGACCAGAAGGUGCUCUUCAAGGGUCGAAUCAUGGAGGAGUGGUUCUUCGAGAUGGGCUUCGUGGGCGCCAACACCACCAACACAUGGCAGAGCACCAUUGAAGCGGCCCCCGAGUCCCAAAUGAUGCCAGCUAAAGUCUUAAAUGGCAAUGUGACAAUUCAAACCAGUUUCUAUGACAACGAAAUACUCAUCACAAAAUCGGUUGUGCGCUUAUAUUACAUAUAAAUAUGUGUACUGUGCGUGGGCGAUACACCAUCGCACACAUAUAUAUAUAUAUAUAUACACUCACACUCUGAAAAUCCCCACUGUCAGGUGUUCCUCAUACAAGCAUAUAUUGAUCUGCUGCUGCUGCUGCUUCUGCCGGUUUGUUCAUUCUUCUGCAUUUGUCUCAACAAAAAAGAAAAAAUAUUAUAUACUGUGAAAUUGAUUCUCAAAUAUAUUUUUCGGCUUGCCCAAUAACUCAUGCUCGCUGCGGAACAAGAAGCAGAAACAAUUUUAGCGCAUUUCAAUGCAAUUGUUCUUGUGCGUUUUUUAAGCUAGUGAAUGCCAUCUUACAGACAUCUAGACUAAUGCAUUUUAAUAUAUAAUUAUUAUUUAUUAUUGUUUAACUUAUUAAUAAAGUAUUAACGAAUGUAAUACAAAUAUACGUAGAUUAACUUGAA